UUUAAACAGUUGAGGGGGUAUUCUAACCACAAGAUGGCGUACACCGUGCGACGCUACUUUUGACGUUCGUAAGUGAGUUUUGUUAAAUAAACGAUAAUAACUAAUGAAGCAUUUUGGGCCGUAUUUAUUUCGGCCCAUUUAAAAAAAAUCGAAAACGGAUAAUGCGGUUGUUAGAGUUUUAUUCGAAAGUACCUGAAUUGACAACCAAUCAGAAUAUUGAUAAUAAGAAACGUAAAUCGUACUUGGGGCACGAGGACCCGCUAUUGGCUAGUUUAUGAGAGACGAUGAUGGCUCCGUGAUGGGAGAACAUGGCUGCGACGCAAGCGGAGAGCCAACAAAACGAUGUAAAGUUGAACGAUAGUGUGAAAUGCACCCAAAAAAGAGCACAACUUAGUGGUAAUAGUUCAAGUGUUAGUGCUAAACAACAGCUGGAUCAGGAGCCGGCCGAUAAGGUAACCCGGGGCGCGGCCCAGCUGCUCAAGUAUGUGAAUCGCGGGGACGGCGACUCAGGUUUCGAGAUGAGUCAAUAUCGUGAGGACAUUAGUGGACACACUGCUGGUGAGGUCAAGUCACCCCGGGAGGUCAUACAGAAUCCUCAGGAAUCAACCGGUAAACCAGAACCUCACGAGGCACCUGGUCAUCCAGGACACCCGGGUCAUCCCUACAUUGGCCCGAACGUGCCAAGAGAUUAUUCUGAUGAGUAUGCUGGUAAACCUAGCGACUAUCCUAGUAAACCACCAAACGAAUAUCCUGGAAAACAAUUGGAUUAUCAUUCGAAACUCCCGCUCAAUGAGACCGAACGGUCUCACCAUCCAGAUAUGGAUGACCAUUACUCGGUUUCUAAAAUAGAGCCUCGGCUUGCUCAUAUUGGACCUGGUCCUGGUGGUUUUCCGGGGCAACCGAGAUUUCUUUCUGGUCAAAGUAUAUCCCAGGCCACUGGACCUACUCCAACACUCAAUCAACUGCUUCAAGCAACAAGUUCUGUGCACAGGUUUCACGCUAAUUAUCCAGGAAUCGGACCAGAGUCUUAUCAACAACCCUGGCCGCCGAUGCAGAGACCACCAGUUGUGCCACCUGUAUAUCCACAGCCUGGACAGAGACCUUCUCAAACAGGAUCUCCAAGGUUACAUCCAGGACCUGGUGGUCCCAGUUCACCUACUCCAAUGCCAUAUCAACCGUAUACGGCACGCUAUCCAUCACCAGCACGAUCACAUUCACCUUAUGGACACCAUCAAAUGAAUUCAUAUGCUGGGCAAGCAAGCCAUCCUCCAACUCUGUAUCCAGAACAACGUGGUGGAUGGAAUCAAGCGGGACCACCUAAUCCACCUCCUCCACCGCCGAAUCAGGUGAAUUCUUCGAGUCAAUCGCCACAAAGAACGCUUUCGCAAUCACCUGCUCCACCACCUUCAGCUUCGCCACAGCCACAAUCAGCUGGGCAACAGCAGAAUUAUCAUAAUAUACAACGAUCAACGACUCCAAAUACUCAAGGAAUUGAUUCUGGGGAACUCUCUGGUCAAAAUAGUAAUGACAGUUCGAAUGGACCCGCCGGCCCAGGAACUCCAAAUUCCCAGGGGAUGAGGCCUACCCCUUCACCUACCGGAUCCACGGGUUCUCGGUCAAUGUCCCCCGCCGUUGGCCAACAAAACGUUCAGAUGCCUCCUCGUCCCUCGAGCAGCCAGUCAGAUGGUAGUGGCCCAGCACGAAUGAGUCACUCUCCAAUGGCUACUCAAGGUAGUAUUUUUUUUUUUUUAAUUUCUGUUAAUUCGGGUUAAAGCACCGAUUUUUCAACAUU